AUGUUGCGAUGGCCAUUGCUUACCCAGAGCAUCGGCAGCGCCGUCCUUUUUGGAACCGGAGACGUCCUGGCCCAGCAGCUCGUCGACCGAGCCGGCAUCGAGAACCAUGACUACGCCCGCACUGGUCGGAUGGUCUUAUACGGAGGCGCAAUCUUCGGACCAGCCGCAACGACUUGGUAUAAGUUCAUGCAGCGAAACAUUGUUUUCAGAAGUCCCAAGGCUACAUUAGUUGCUAGAGUGUGUGCAGAUCAGGUCCUGUUCACUCCUACGCAUCUGACCUGUUUCCUAUCCUCCAUGGCACUCAUGGAAGGAAACGACCCAUUGGAGAGGCUCCGAACAACUUUUGGCACCGCCUACAAGACCAACCUCAUGCUCUGGCCAUGGGUGCAGGCGGCUAACUUUUCAUUCGUGCCAUUAGAGCACCGAGUUCUUGUCGUUAACCUCGUCAGCCUUGCAUUCCAUGUCCGCGUUGCUAACAGUUGA